GUUGUGUUGAACAGACGCAAGGACUUCCUUUCUAGGUAGAUGACUGUUUUGAAAGCAGAAGGGCGAGUAGAUACAUAAGUCCAGGCCAUGGCAGGCACCUUAUACCCACAACUGCUGCUGUCGAGGCAGUACUGCAGAGUUAUCUCUGUGAUUCACUCGCAAAUUCACACCAGCAGUGGGUUGGCCUUUAAAGAUCACUACAAAGUUCUUGUGCUCGGUGGUGGGAGUGGUGGCAUAGCAAUGGCUGCACGUAUGAAAAGAAAGGUUGGUGCGGAAAAUGUGGCCAUCGUGGAGCCCAGUGAGAUGCAUUAUUAUCAACCUAUUUGGACAUUAGUUGGUGCAGGGGCUAAAAAAGUUGCCUCCUCUGGACGACCAACAGCUAGUGUUAUACCUUCAGGUGUGAUGUGGGUCAAGUCAAAGGUGGCAGAGUUUGAUUCUCAGAACAACACUGUUUGGAUGGACUCUGGGAAAAAGAUUUCCUAUGACUAUCUGAUUGUUGCUCUGGGUCUUGAGUUGCAUUAUGAAAAGAUCAAGGGCCUGCCAGAAGGCUUUGAACAUCCCAAAAUUGGUUCAAACUACUCUCUGCAAACGGUGGAAAAGACAUGGAAUGCCUUGAAGAACUUCAAGGAGGGCAAUGCUGUGUUUACUUUCCCAAACACUCCCAUCAAAUGUGCUGGAGCUCCUCAAAAAAUCAUGUAUCUCUCUGAUGCCUUCCUGAGAAAGACAGGAAAAAGGUCCAAAGCCAACAUUAUUUUCAAUACCUCCUUGCCGGUGCUGUUUGGGGUCAAGAAAUAUGCAGAUGCCUUGUGGGAGAUUGUGAAGAGUCGUGACCUUAAUGUAAACCUCAGACAUAACCUCAUUGAGGUCAGGGCCGACAAACGGGAGGCAGUUUUUGAGAAUCUUGACAAACCUGGAGAAACAAAGGUUUUAGAGUACGAGUUACUCCACGUUACCCCUCCGAUGGGACCACCUGCCGUGCUGAAAGGCUCUUCGCUAGAGGAUGCAGACGGCUGGCUAGAUCUAAAUAAGGACACCCUUCAGCAUAUGAAGUACUCCAAUGUAUUUGGUAUUGGAGACUGCACCAACCUACCCACAUCCAAAACGGCAGCAGCAGUUGCCGCACAGUCUGCAGUGCUUGACCGAACUGUCAGCAGAAUUCUGAAGAAACAGAUGCCAGAUAAGACAUAUAAUGGCUACACCUCUUGCCCUCUGGUUACAAGCUACAACACGGUCAUCUUGGCAGAAUUUGAUUACGACGGGCAACCCCUGGAGACCUUCCCUGUGGACCAGAGUAAAGAGAGCAGGAUCAUGUACCACAUGAAAGCCGAUGUGAUGCCUCAUCUCUAUUGGCAUGGACUUCUCAAGGGAAUUUGGGGAGGCCCAGGACCGUACCGGACAAUCAUGCAUCUGGGAAUGAAAUAGAGCAUUUUACAUGGGAACAGACAAAAUGUAUUAUUUUACAUUAUUAAAGGGUACAAAGUGUUUGAUAAAUUGUGACAGUCCAGUGUUUAGGAUAAGGAGCCUGUUUAGAAUUUCUAGUUGUUGAUGCUUACUUGCUUAGUAGCAUUGAGAGUUGCUUGCAAUAUCAUACAGGUUAGUAUGCACAAUAUUUGAAUGUGGUGCUGUAUUAUAGCAUUUUGCUAUGGCCACAUAAAAUGCCAUAAUCAAUGUCCUUGUCAUUGAAAUUACAUCCUACUUAUUACGAGCUGUCCUUGAUUAACUAUUCAUAUAUCUAUCUUACAGAAAUAUCUUGUAUAAAUAUGGAAAUAAAGAUCAUAUUCUUUAUGAA